AUGUUGAAUAUACUGAAGAGUUUUGAUGCUCAAGCGGCGUCAACCUACAUAAACCCCUAUGCUGUGGACGUAAUCCGGGCGAAGAGGAGGGAUCUAGUUUACGGGAUCUCACACACCGAAGAUCUACUGGAUCUUCUGGUCACGGAGGGCGUCAUGACGGCAGCAAAGAGAUCCAUCGUCUUGACCAUCGGGACUCGUAAAGAUCAAAACUCCAGGGUCCUGGACCACCUGGAGGCCCGAGGUGAAAGGGCGUGUCGGAUAUUCUUCCACCCGUGUCUCAUGCUGGCAGAACCCGACCUCUACCAGCGAAUCAAGACGUACGCCGGUGGUGUGAAUGAACGUAUCCGAGAUGCCAGGAGACAGCUGAUUGGAUAUUUGCUGGAGAGAGACCAGAAGAGGAUGGAUGAAACUUCUGAUAGGAUUGUCUCUCAGAAGUCUUGUUCUGUAUCUGCAACCAAGGAAAUAAAGAAAUCCAUAAGCCCUAAAAAGGAAGAAACAAGAAUGCAACUUUUAAAAUCAGAGGAGCAUAAACCAGAUCAAAGUAAACCAGAAGAUCUGAUCCACAUGAUCGCUUCAGACGGGGAAGUAGUUCUGCUGGAGGAGCUGUUAAAGGACACCGAUAUAAACUCUGUCAAUUCCUCCAACGAGACUCUUUUACAUGUGGCUGCUGAGCGGGGUCACCUGGCCGUCAUCGAGCUCCUGAUCCGUAAAGGAGCCAGACUGGACCUGCAGGAUAAUAAAGGUCACACGGCUCUUCACAGGGCAGCCAGCAGGGGUCACAGCGGGACAGUCGGGGCCCUCGUGCAGGCCGGGGCCCCCAUCUACGCUCUGGAUCUGCAAGGCAAAACUCCCGUUCACCUGGCAGCGGACAACGAGCAUCGGAGUUGUGUGGAAGUCCUGGUGAUGGCGGAGGCCAAGCAGUCCGAGAGCCAUGUUUCUCAGGACUUGUUUCUCCACAUGGCGGCUGUUGGAGAUGACUGGAGGCUGGCCGAGUCUCUGCUGCAGAGCGGCGCCGCCAUCAACGCCAGAAAUAAACAUGAAAAAACAGCUCUGUUUUAUGCCGUCUCCAGGAACAAUGAGAAGACGGCGACUGUCCUUCUAAACGCAGGAGCUGAAGUUGACUAUGAUGUUAUAAGUGAAGCUGUUAAGCUCAAUGAUGAAUCAGUUCUCCACCUGCUUAUCGAUAAUCCCGGAGGAGCUCUGAGUGCAGAGGCCCUGGGUUCUGUUCUCUUCUCAGCUGUUCAACAGAACCAUGAUGGAGUGGUAACCGCUCUCAUAGACAGAGGAGUGAAUGUGAACAUGUUAGACCAACAGGGCUACACUCCUCUCCUUCUGUCAGCUGAGCUGGGGCACACUGAGGUCUUCAGAGCUCUAGUAGCAAAACAGGCCAAACUGGAUGCUACUUUAUCCGACCUCUCCUCAGCGUUGCACCUGGCCGUCCUCAGCGGCAGUGCGCCCAUAGUUCAGACGCUGCUGGAUAAAGGAUUGGACCCCAACAUUACUGGACCUAAAGCCCAAACCCCUCUACACCUGGCAGCUCAGUGCAACAGGCCAGAAUUAGUCGAUCUGCUGUUAAGAGCUGGAGCUCAGGUAGAUGCAGUAGCCCAGGACGGACUGACCCCUCUGCAUCUAGCCAGUCAGCAGGGCCAUGCAGACCCAGUGAUCCGGCUUCUUCAGGGUGGAGCAGACCCAGGAGUCAAAGACAGACUGGGGAGGACAGCCUUGCACUGGGCGGCCUCUUCCCACAAAGGAGGCCGUGUGGUGGACCUGCUGCUGUCGGCCAAUGCCAACCCAAACACCACUGAUAACGAGAAGAAAGUUCCCCUCCACCUGGCCGCCAUGGAGGGGAACGUAGAUGCCGUGACCUCUCUGUUGUCCCGCAAGGCAAAGGGAGGCGCUAAAGACAUGGAUGGCUCCACAGCUCUCCAUCACGCUGCAGCGUCCGGGCACACCGGCGUGGUUUCAGCUCUUCUGCACUUACUCAACAACAAAGGGUUGGAGGAGAGGAACACAUGGAGGAGAACGCCGCUUCAUGCUGCAGCUGAGAGGGGCCACGACGGUGUGGCGGCGCUGCUCCUGGAGGCCGGGGCAAAGAUCAACAGCACGGAUCACAGCAAAGACACUCCUCUGCACUUUGCUGCACGAGGCGGACGCCAGGAGGUGGUGAAGAGGCUCGUUAACUGGGGCCAAACUGGGAACAUUGGGCGGCAGCAGAAGAAGGCGAAUCUGCAGGCGACCAAUAAUGUGGGGAAGACACCUCUGCAGGUGGCAGAGAGUGGAGGCACACCUGAACAUGAGAGCAUUGCUACUUUCCUCAUGAGAAAGAUGUUUCUUAUCAAAUAA